CGGAAAAAAUGCUUUUAAAAUGUUAGAAGAACGAAAAAGAACAACGCCGGGCUUUUCUGAAACCAAAACGUUCUUCGAAAACUUAGACCCUUCAAGUAAUUUCAAUUUUUAGACAUGAAAAAGCUUUUAUCAAACAGGAGAAUCUUAUGUUACAAACGUGCCAUAUAUGCAAAAGGUUAUUGUUUAUGUUUUGUGUAUGAUGUAUCAAUUCGCGUGUACAAGUAAAUCAUUGUUUGUUAUGUUUCUAUUUUCAGAUGUCAUUUGUAGCUCGAUCGUGCGACACAUUUGUCGUUUUUCCACCGUGUACUGACUCACAUUUUAUUAUAUUUGGAAAAAAUUCGGAUCGACCAUCAAACGAAAUUCAAGAAGUUAUACUCGUUUCACCGAAUCAGCGCUCCGAAGAUACUGUUGAAUGUACCCACAUCAAAAUUCCAACUGCAAAGACAUACCAUUGUAUUUUGAGUAAACCGGCAUGGUGUUGGGGUGCUGAAAUGGGAUCGAAUGAAUAUGGAGUUUGUGUAGGUAACGACGCUGUUCAUACAAAAAUUCCGUAUGAUGGGAGAGAACCAGCCUUAACUGGUCUUGAUAUUGUACGCUUAGCUAUCGAACGCUCAAAAACAGCUGACGAUGCAAUGAAAACUAUUUGUGAUUUGAUUGAGACUUACGGCCAAGGAGGAUCAUGUUUUGAUGUUGCCACAAAUCUGCCUUCUGGAUACGAUAAUAGUUUUAUAGUAGUUGAUCAAACUGGAGGUUGGAUUAUCGAAACAGCCGAUCGUGUAUGGGUUGCAAAGAAAUUAACAGAAGGUUACCAUAGCAUUUCCAACGUGUUAACAAUUGGUACUGAUUAUGAUUUAACAUCGAAAAAUUUAGAAAAAUUUGCUCAGGAAAUACAUUUAUGGAACGGCUCUGGGAAGUUGGAUUUUGCAAAAACAUUUAAGGAUCCUAGUUCAUGUUCAGAUUUACGUCUUAAAAAUGGACGAAAAUUGCUUGAAAAAUUAACGGCAAAUAAUACAUUUUCGGCUCUUGAUAUGAUGGCUGUACUAAGAGAUGAACAAAGUGGAAUAUGUAUGUCCGAUAAAACGGAUAGUUUUCUUACAACAGGUUCUCAAGUAUCUGUCUUAAAAACAGGAGAUGAUAAAAAGAAAUUUUCACAUUGUCACUUCUUUACUGCCACACCCAAUCCUAAAACGUCGUUAUUCAAACCAUUUAUAUUUUCCAAAAAAGCUGAAAUUGGUAUAUUGACCAUUUCACCUCCUAGCCAAGUUGAAUCAACACGUGCACAUCCAUUGUACGUAGCACAUCGAGAUUUAACAAAGACACAAUUGAAAGAAAAACGUUUAGAAGAUUUCGAGCGAGACGGUGUUAAAGAACUUUUAGCUAAAUUAAAAAGUGAUGACGAAGAAAACAUAGAAGAUAUCUUAUCUUUAUUUCAUGAUGCGGUUUCCGCUGAAAUGGAAUUACUAGAUUCUCCUUAA